AUGCGUGCGACAGCGUGUUGCGAAGGUGUUUUGGUUUUGUUUUUGCUGUUCAAGCUCGCUGCAUAUCGUAAUAUUUGUACCGCAUAUACUACGUGUAUGCGACGCUGUCCGCAUAGUCUAGCAUCGCAUCGUAUUCCGUCGUCGACCGCCGCCAAUAGCUGCUUCUCCUUCGGUGGGCGCUCCGCAGACACACAUCGCAAAUAUUGCAAUUUCUGGUCAUCGUUAGGCAGCAGAACGUCCAUUGAAACGGUGAUUCAUACUGGCGAUUGCGAGGAUUACGACGUGAAUUGCGUGCAGUACCGUAAAGCGCGUUUUUGGCGCGAGCUGAGUACUCCAGAAAUUGAAGAGGAGAUUCGCAAGGUGCGUAAGGUGUUAGCUAAAAUAAACCUGUACCGUAAAACAAAGAAUCCAGCUCUUCGUGCGAGUUCAUUGGGUAAUACCCGCCGUACGCUGGCUCAGCUACUGUUCAUUCGUCACGAACGCCAUUUGGCAUCGCUACGUGAGGCUCAAGGACUGAAAAAGCACGUGGCCGUGUCCGGUAGCAGCGACGAAACUAGUAAUGGACACGGGUAA